AUGGACGAACUCGUGAACGGAACCCUUCAGCGUCUACCAUUCGACGAGGAUGGAGGAUGGAGCAAUGCUACUUCCGUUUUGACAACGAUCGGAACGUCCGCGGAGGUGCGGGACGAUAGUGACUUCCCGGACGAAACCAGCAGAUUUUCCCGCCCCUUGCUCACAUUUGCCGCCGUUACCACUAUAACGAUUAUGAUAACAGGAAUUGUUGGCAAUCUGCUUACCAUAGUCGCACUGCUCAGAUGUCCUAAGGUGCGAAACGUUGCAGCAGCCUUCAUUAUCAGCCUAUGCAUUGCGGACUGUCUGUUUUGCAUAAUCGUCCUGCCAUUCAACGCGUUGCGCUUCAUCCAGGGUACGUGGAACCACGGCGAAACACUCUGCACGCUGAUAACGUUUAUGCAAUACGGUAGCGUCGGUGUGUCGCUGCUUUGCAUCACGAUGAUCAGCAUAAACCGCUACAUCAUGAUCGCACACUACAGCAUUUAUCCGAAGGUGUACAAAACGUCUUGGAUUAUGGUGAUGAUCAUUGCCUGUUGGCUGUUCUCCUACGGCUUCCAACUGCCAACACUAUUCGGAGUUUGGGGUAAAUUCGGAUACAACCAUCAGCUGGGCACCUGCUCUAUCCUGCCAGACGACGAAGGACGUAGCAGUAAAACGGCGAUGUUCAUCAUUGCCUUUAUCAUUCCGUGCAUUAUUAUCGUGAUAUGCUACAGUCGCAUCUUUUGCGUCGUCCACAAAUCGGACAAACGAAUGAAAAACCAUUCCAAAUCACAGUGCAACAUUCCAAACAAUCUGCGAGCGGCAGUUGAUCCGGCAUCACCCCUAUCGGCCGGCAGUUCCAGUUCGGCCAACAAUAACUCCAUCAGCUACACGGCGAGUUCAUCUGCGGUGAAGGUGGCGGGUACUCGGAGUGCUGCCGAUGCCCGGGAUGCAAAGGCCAGACGUAACGAGUGGCGUAUCACGAAGAUGGUUCUGGCCAUUUUUCUCUCGUUUGUGUGUUGCUAUCUGCCGAUAACCAUUUCCAAAAUUGUGGACAAAAAUGUAUCGUAUCCAGUGCUGCAUAUCAUUGGUUACAUUAUGUUGUAUCUUUCUGCCUGCAUAAACCCCAUCAUCUAUGUGAUCAUGAACAAGCAGUAUCGGCAGGCGUACAAAACCGUGAUCUUCUGCAAACCCUCCCGGUUGCUCGGUUUCGGUGGUAGCAGCGUUGGAGAGAAAUGGAAAGACAUAGGGUACAGUUACAACCACAGUCGUACCAUGGUGUCCCAAGUUUCAAUAGCCGAACCAGAGUCGCCCCCAUCCAGCCGACUACGCCAAGAUUCGCCGCACCCACAACAUUUAGUCGCCAUUCAAGAUAGUUAG